AUGGCCCGGAGGACCCACCUCCUCGCUGUGGCAGUCUCCAUCCUCACACUCACAUGUAUCUUCUAUCACCACUGUUACAGCAGUGCCUCUAGCACAUUCCCUCUCCAGCAACAGUCAUCUAUCCUCCCAUUAGCCAACUCAACCCUUGGCUUCGGCGCCAUACUUGCCGUAUCCCAUUCUAGCUCUCCACGCCGGCAGAGCCUACUAUGGGCCGCCAAUCUAACAGACAUUGAAAUCGUAAUUCCAGAACAAAAGGAAUGGACGUUAGGUGACAUUGAAGAACUCAAGGCGAAGGAGAGCCGUCUAAGUCCAGGGAGUGCGAAAGCGUGGUUGGGACAUUUGGCGGUUUUGAGAUGGUUCCUCGCCUCAGACUAUGAAACAGCUCUGGUAAUGGAAGACGACACAGAUUUUGACAUUUCAAUCCGACAUUCUCAAAUCCCUCUCCUAGCAUCGGCCGUCCGUUCCCUACUCAAUAACAGCGAUGAUGACCAUACAUCAUACUGGGCGCCCAGCUCAGCCUGGGACCUCCUAUACCCCGGUCACUGCGACGACCUAAUCUCCACCGCUUACCCCUCCCAGCCCUCCCUUCUCUACAGCGACCCUACCGUACCACCUCACUCAGUCCUCCAUCCUGACACGGCCCUUUUCCUCUCCUUCCUUUCCAUCCCCUCAAAAACUCGUAUACUUCACAGAAGCUACUGGCCCUUCUGCACCUUCGCCUACGCGGUGAACCGCCGAUCUGCCACACUCAUCCUGUCUUCCUUCUCUCAGGAGCCUGCAGGCGGUAGUUCGGCAUACGAUGUUGCGCUGCUGAGUGCAUGUAGGGAUCAGGACUGGAAGUGCUGGAGUGUGGCGCCGGAGCUGUUUCAUCAUGGACUUGGGGAAUCAGAGAUAUUCAAGGUGGACAAAGCGGGUCAAGGCAAGGGAGAAGGAAACGCAAGCAAGGCAGAUGCGAGGGGAACGUGGAAUUUGUGGUGUGGGGCUAGGCAUGGGCAGCUUUGGGUCGAUGAGGCGGCUGGAAAGAAGAGGAGGCUCGUCAAAAACCAUGUUAGGAGCGCGAUUCAGAGGGGAGCAUGCCCGAUUGACAAGGUUAUGGAAGAAAGGACUUGGAAGGGUUGUGAGUGGGGGGAGUGUGGAGCGCAAUCAUGA